AUGCCCGAUUUCAAGCCUGGCCAGACCAUCCAGCUCAGCGAUGGCCGCAAGGGCAUCGUCCGCUUCGCCGGCCAAACCCACUUCCAGGUCGGAGAAUGGGUCGGCGUCGAGCUCGACGACAAGACGGGCAAGAAUGACGGCAGCGUCCAGGGACAGCGCUACUUUGACUGUCCCAUGGGCUACGGCAUGUUUGUCAAGCCCAUGAUGGUCACCAUCCUGUCGCAGCCCUCGUCCGCGAAGCCCCCGACCGCCAGAAAGCCUGCCCGCCCCAGCAGCUUUCAUCCCGGCAUGACGAGGCCCGCCCCCGGCGGAGACGUCGCCUUGACCAAACGGAUGAGCAUGAACGCACCGAGCCCUAGCCCGGGACCUAGGACGUCCCGCCGCGCAAGCCUCGUAAAAUCUCCCGUCAAGUCUCCCACCAAGCAGCUUCUCAGCGGCCCCCCGAGUUCAUCUGCCUCGCGCACAGGCACGCCGUCGAAUGCUCGCGCCACUUCCACGGGCGCCAAAACCCGGGCCCCAGUGGGCGGCCAGCGACUGUCGAUGGGCCCUCCAGCCGGACCCGCGACUCGAACCGCAAGGCAAUCGUCUGCAUCUUCAGCCACCUCGAAGCCUGGUGCCGCUCCCGCUCGGACGGCUGGCACGCGGGCGCCACUUGGGGGCGCGCGAACACUGUCACGGCCGGGGUCCGGCCGGCGACCUUCUGGCGAUUCUCAGGCAGGACGCGACAGCGGUUCCGCCGACGAUGCCACCUCUGCCUCUCCUCCCAAGAGUGAUGCCGGGAUCUUGUCGCCGCAACCCACGAGUCCGGUCAUGGCUCGGACUAAGAAUCUCGAGAAGCUCGCCGAUGCGGCUUCGUCGGUUACACCCUCGGCCGCUGCUCCAAAACGGACACCUGCAGGGGCCGCGGCGUCACGAUCGACCGGUAAUGCGGCCGCGAAUCGUGAAAUCGAAGACUUGAAAGCCAAGCUCAAGGUUCUGGAGCGCAAACGAGUCGAAGACCGCGACAAGCUGAAGCAGCUCGAGAAGGUCCAGGGGGAGCGAGACAAGUUCGAGGGCAUUAUUCAGAAACUGCAGCAGAAGUAUCAACCUCAACAACAGGAAAACAGCGACCUCAAGAAACAGCUCAAAGAAGCGGAAGAACGGUUCGAGGCCAUCGAAGCCAUGCAAGCUGAGCACGACUCUGCCUUUGAGCUUGCCGCUCUCGACCGAGAAAUGGCAGAGGAGACUGCUGAGGUGCUGAAGAUGGAACUCGAUACCCUGAAGCAGAAAUCGGAAGAGCUUGAGCUUGAGGUGGAGAUCCUUCGGGAAGAAAAUGCCGAGUACGGCAGGGGCAUGUCGCCGGAAGAGCGCGCCAGCACCGGAUGGCUGCAAAUGGAGCGGACAAACGAACGACUACGGGAGGCACUGUUGAGACUGCGCGACAUGACGCAAGCGCAGGAGGAGGAACUACGGGACCAAAUCGCUGGACUGGAAGAAGACCUAAAGGAGUUCAACGCCGUCAAGGAAGACGGGGGGGCGACAAAGGAGAAGCUCGCGCAGUCCGAGGCCGCCGUCGACGAUCUCCGCCAGCAACUCGACGCUGCGCUGGGAGCUGAGGAUAUGAUUGAAGAUUUAACUGAACGUAACAUGAGCAUGUCGGAGCAGAUCGAGGAGCUCAAGGCUGUCAUUGAUGACUUGGAGAAUUUGAAGGAAAUCAACGACGAGCUCGAGGCGAACCACGUGCAAAACGAAAGGGAGAUGCAGGAGGACCUCGACUUCAAGGACAGCGUCGUUGCAGAACAGGCGCGUCGUGCCGCGCAGCAAGAGGAGGCAUUUGAGGACAUGGAGUACACACUGUCACGAUUCCGCGAACUCGUCACGAGCCUGCAGGGCGACUUGGAGGACAUGCGCGCUUCUCAAGCCGUCACUGAGGGCGAAUCGGAGAAGCUCAAUGACCGCUCCCGGGCCAUGCUGGAUUUGAACAUGAAGCUCCAGAUGUCGGCAGCCAAGGCGCAGGUCAAGACGAUCGAGCUGGAGCUCCGUCACCUGGAGGCCCAGGAAGCCGAACAGCACCUCGGGAUUGUCAAAUUGUUCUUGCCCGACAGCUACCGGGAAGAUCAAAAUUCGGUCUUGUCUCUGCUGAGAUUCCGCAGAGUAGCCUUCAAGUCAAACCUCCUCAACGGCUUCAUCAGAGAGCGUGUCAACGGACAGCCGCAUCCUGGCCAAGAGGACGAUGUAUUUGCCGGUUGCGACGCCGUCGACAAGCUGGUCUGGGUAUCGGCCAUGUGCGAUCGGUUCGUCAACGACAUCAGUCACUGCUCCCUUGAGCAAUUCUCCAAGUAUCACAACGCCCUGGCCGAGCUCGAGCCGGUCGAGCGUGCCAUGAACGCGUGGAUCGACGGUCUACGCCGCGACGAUCUCAAGGAGAAGAAGUGCGCCGACGAGCUGCACCGCACCGUCGCGCUUCUCUCUCACCUUGCAGAGGUGCACCUUUCGACCGGCCUUUCCAGCUUUGCAGACGACAUUCAUAUGAAGUCGCUUGUCAUCCAGAGCCAGCUAGAAUCGGCGGCCGUGUCCUUCAACACAACGAGGAUCAUGUUGCAGCGUGCGCUCCCGCCGGAGAGCGAGGGCAGCGACGGCGACAUGACGCAACAAUUGGCCAAGGCUUUCGACCUUGCCAUCACCCAGACCAGGGGCACCAAGGUCAUCGCCGGCAAGACAGUGCGUGCUCUGGAAGAACUCAAGACUCGAUCGUUGUCGCUCGUGCCGGAUACAAAGGAGGCAUUCGAGCAGUGUGAGGCUGGCAGCCAAGAGACGGCAGAACUGGCCCGUAAGAUCGGCAAUGCCAUUCAUGGCCUUCUAACCCAGGACGAAGGACGAGCGGAGCCAUUCACCUUUGGCGAGGUGCAGACUGCAAUUCGCCAGGCCGUCUCGGAGACGGGCGGUGCGGGCGACUCGAACCCUCUCUCAGUCUACAUGUCGAAGCUCCGCACCGUCAACAGCCAGAUAGCAGACCUAGCUGCAUUGGCCACAGACCUCGACCAGACGCAGGAGUUUGAGGUCAGCCCUCAGCCUUGGCUCCUCCGGUCCCAGGAGCUCAAGGCCCUCAAGACAGUGCCGGUUGACGCAGAAGAGGAGUUGCGGCGCCUCAAAGAAGAGCACAACGAGGCCCGUCGCACGAUCGCGCAGAGAGACGAGCAUCUCAGCACCGCCGUGCUCAAGAUCGAGACGCUCGAGUCUCGGAUGCGGGAUGCGCAAGCCAACAUCGAGCGCAUCUCCCACCUGCAGAAGCAGCUGGAGGCGGCGGGAGAGCAAGUCGGCAGCCUCAAGGAGGACAUAGAGAAGCAAGACCGGGAGCUCAAGAGCCUCGAGGCGGAGCGCGACAAGUGGAAGAAGAUUGCCAGCGACAGCCGAGCGUAUGCCGACGGCGCCGAUGCCGCUGGCAUGAAAGCCGGCCAGGAGCGGGCGGUGGCCACGGCGCGGGAGAUGGAGGCGCUCAAGAAGGACAUUGAGAGCCUGCAGUCGGCGGUGCGGUACCUGCGCGAGGACAACCGGCGCGCCCGCGUCAACGAGCAGCAGAAGCACGACUGGCUGGCCGAGCCGCUCAGGAAGCAGACGAGCGUCGCGGAGCAGCGCAAGGGCCUCGUGGCCGCCGAGGCCAAGGACGUACUGGGUGAGCUGGUCAAGAUGGCGUCAUCGGCCAACGUCUUCGACCUGGCCGCACUGCCCAAGGACAAGCUCGCGUGGCGGCCUGCGCGGUCGACGGCGCAGUACCACGCCGCGCGGCAGAUGGAGGACUACGCGGCCUGGACGGCCUGGCAGGAGUCGGUGCUCAAGAAGUCGGCCCUGCUGCGGCGCCGCGGCGGCGGCGGUGGAGAACAUCACAAUAGGGGCCCGGCGGUGCGCAACCCGGCGGCGCAGCUGCAGAUUAGGCUGCCCGGCGCGGACGGCAAGGCGAUGGCUGGCACGGGUCUCGGGGGCGACGGCGUGCAGGUCGUGGGAUCGCGAGAGUGGGAGGCGCUGCAGGGGGAUCAUCGGGUCGCAGCGGCGUGA